AUGAGAGUGAGUGACAUCAUAAUUGGUGUGAUCUUAUUAUCGCAGACUACAGUUGGAGCCCUUGGCAACACCUUCUUAGUCUACCAUUAUCUGUUGCUUUACUUUAAGGGUUGCAAGUUAAAAUUCACAGAUUGGAUUCUGCAGCACUUGAUUGUAGCCAACUUCUUAACUCUCCUAUGUAGAGGAGUUCCCAGCAUGGUGUCAGUUUUUGGGUUGCAAGACUUUCUCAAUGAUUUUGGGUGCAAACUCACCUUCUGUCUUCACAGAAUAGGGAGGGGUAUGUCCAUCAGCAGCACCUGCUUUCUGAGUGUCUUCCAGGCCAUAACCAUCAGCCCAAAGGUUUCCAGGUGGACACAGCUUAAAGCCAAGUCUCCAAUUUUCAUUGCUUCUGCUGUGUACAUGAGCUGGAUACUGUCCGUCAUAGUUAACAUUGCUUUUCCUAUGUACAUGACUGCAAGAGGGAAAAAUUUGAACAUCACAAGCCUAAAAAAUUUUGAGUAUUGUUUUUCUAUUCGUCAUAGCAGUGCCCUUGACAUUUUCUAUGCAGUAUUACACUCAACUCCUGAUGCGAUGUUCAUGUUGAUGAUGCUUUGGUCCAGUGGCUACAUGGUGUGCAUCCUCUACAGGCACAAGAAGAGAAUGAAGCGCAUUCAUAAGAGCAACUUCUCUUUCAGGUCCUCCCCUGAGUUCAGAGCCACAAAGGCUAUUCUGUUCUUGGUGAGCACCUUUGUCUUUUUUUACACAAUUUCUUGCAUCUUACAAACUAAUAACUCUAUUAUGUUUAAUCCAGAUUCUUUCAUGGUGAAACUGUCUUCAGUAUUCUCUGCAUGUUUCCCAGCUGUAAGUCCCUUUCUUGUGAUCACCCAUUAA